CCCCCUUCUGCAACACCGCAUCCCUUCUCUCCCUACAUCUCACUUUUGGAUGAAGCAAACUUUUGGAUGGGGCCUUCAGUCAUAGAUAUCCUUUGUUUUGGGGGUCGCAGUGUCGCUGGCCGUUAAAAAGAGUGGCUAAAUACCCCCCCCCCCCUUCCGCUAAGGAAAGAGGGACAGGUGUCUUCACCUCCCUUUCUUUGGAACAUUGGCGCAAGGGAAAGGAGCAAUUAAAAGCGGAAAGCGAUGCAGGUGCGGUGGAAGAGCAAGGAACUUAAGGUCCCAGUGGGAAUCUAACAGCAAGGUCCUUGCGCUGUGUGUGGCCAGUGGCUCCCUCUGUCACCUAGGAUGAGUAACUGCAGCAGCCGCGCCCUGACCCUGCUGUCUAGCGUUUUUGGAGCGUGUGGGCUGCUCCUGGUGGGCAUCGCUGUCAGCACUGACUACUGGCUGUUCAUGGAGGAAGGGAUCGUGUUUCCACAGAACCAGACCACCGAGAUUGUCAUGGCACUCCACGCUGGCCUCUGGAGGGUCUGCUUCUUUGCGGGUCAGAAAAAAGGCAGCUGUGUCGCUUCAGAAUACUUCCUGGAGCCUCGGCCUGACCCGGACCCUGAGGGCCCCUUGGUGACGGAGAAUACAGAAAAUAUCCUCAAAACCAUCCGCACAGCCACUCCUUUCCCCAUGGUCAGUCUCUUCCUCGUCUUUACUGCGUUUGUCAUUAGCAACAUCGGACAUAUCCGGCCUCAGAGGACCAUCCUGGCUUUUGUUUCUGGAAUCUUUUUCAUCCUCUCUGGGCUCUCUCUUGUGGUGGGCUUGGUCCUGUACAUCUCCAGCAUCAAUGAUGAGGUGAUGAACCGUCCCAGUGGCUCGGAGCAAUACUUCCAGUACCGCUACGGAUGGUCUUUUGCCUUUGCUGCUUCUUCCUUCUUGCUUAAAGAGGGCGCAGGCGUGAUGUCUGUCUACCUCUUCACAAAGCGCUACGCUGAGGAGGAAAUGUACCGUCCCCACCCUGCUUUCUACCGCCCACGCCUGAGCGACUGUUCUGACUACUCUGGCCAGUUCUUGCACCCGGAGGUGUGGCAUCGUGGACGCAGCCCCUCGGACAUCUCCAGCGAUGUUUCCAUCCAGAUGACUCAGAACUACCCACCGGCCAUCAAGUACCCUGAACACAUGCACAUAUCCACCUCACCUUGCUAAACGUGCCGGAGAACGCGCCGGACAAGGAAGCCAGCAUCUGCUUGCAGACAGUACCGUCCUGCCCCUUCCUGCCUAGGAGACACCCCUGUCCAUGGGGGUCCUGUCUUCCCCCCUCUCUGAAGACUCAUACCACCUGCUCUGCUAGAAAUUGUCCUCUCUCUCUGUUUCUCUCCAGCUGGUGGGAACCAUUCAACCACCCUUUGAGAUUGCCGGAUGCUCUCCCCCAUUUGGAAACUGUGCUAAUUUCUUGUUCCCCUUAGCUAUCAAAUUUUAAAAGUCCACCUUAUACAUAUGUCCAGAAGACAGUCACAUCUGCCCUGCCCAUCCUCUAUAGAGCAGUGGAAGAAAUAUAGCUACAAAAUACGUUUUCCUAUUUUCGGUUCCACUGCUUCAAAAUACCUCUCCUCUCUCACUCAGGUGGUUGGAAAGCCUAGCAGGAAAAGGGGGCUCAUCUAGCAUGUUCUCCUAGCCCCCCCCCCAAUAAUAGUUUGGCAAAAAGUAGCUUUCCAAAACCAUCCACGUUCUUGAGAGAAAGAUGCCCAUCAGGAAUUCCCCCCCUAUCAAUCCAGUUCCUGAAUCCUGACAGGAAAUGGCCCCUUGCCAUCAUCUCCCUCUGCCAAAAAGUACUCCCACUUGACAUAACAAAAUAAUCUAUUAUUGAUACCCUAGUUUUCUGGCUGUAAAUGACACCUUCUUGCAUCAGAAAGUUUCUUCUGCUGGGCAAAAACAAUUAGCACAACAAAUCCACAAUAUCCAACCCCAUCAUUCUUCAAGCUUACCCACUGAGAAACAACCAUUCUUCCAGACAAUUUUUCUUAAGAAAUGACAGGAAGUACAUUAGGCUGCUAUCUUAAUUUGACCAAAAAUAACCAAGUAAAAGGAAGUUUCUUACCCCAUUUUCUUUUUUAUCACUUCUGUUUGUGACCUAGAUCUACUAGGAUUGCAAUGUUUAUUAGUCUCAAAAUAUCUAGUCCUGACAGAAAAGCUUCCCUCAAUUCAUCUCUGUCAAUAUCUCAGUCACAGAAGUACAAAACUCUAGCAUAAGAUUCUUCCUGUGAUAUUUUGCUGUACCCACAAAUGACCAAUUCUGCCAA